AAUGAGGAUAGACAAAGUGGGAGGGGAAAGAAGGAAUUUUGUUAAAAGGGUGUCCCAUAGCAUUCAACCAUUUGUGUCCUUGUACUCCUGCUGCACAGCGUAAGAGUUUACAAGUGUGGUAUUUCUCAGGAAAAUUGCAGAAAGUGUUCAACCAAAAGGACUGAAACCAAGGUAAACUCCAGAGCAGACACAAGGACACAGGAAAACCUGAAAAGCCCACCUCUUCCAUUGCUCCGCUCUUUCACCUGAAACAUUAGUCAUGGAAAUGUUAGAAGUCCCCAGCCUGCAGCCUGACAUUGAGCACCACAAGACCCUCACUGAGGUCUCGGAUGAUGAGCUCAACCUUCCACCUUCUGAUGAUGAGGAUGAGGCACCCAGCGAGGCCAAAUCAAAGGAGGUUAUGGAGAAAGAGGAGGCAGAGGAAGGAGACAAAGGGAAUGGGCAGAUGAAUGGGGUGAUGAUUCUGGCUCUGCUGGAUAAGAUCAUUGGUAGAGUGGACCAGAUUCAGCAGACUCAGACCGGCUUGGAGGCCCGGCAGCAAGAGAUGGAGCGUUCAGUCACUGGGAUUGAAGGAGAGCUCACCAAGUUGACCAAGAGCCACACUACCACAGCCAACUCGGUGAACAAGAUGCUUGAGAAAGUGCGCAAAGUGAGCGUGAAUGUGAAGACGGUGCGCAGUAACCUGGAGAAGCAGGGCAGCCAGAUAAAGCGGCUAGAGAGCAAUGAGAACGAGCUUCUCAAGAGAAGAAACUUUAAAGUCAUGAUUUACCAGGAUGAGGUGAAACUUGGUUCUAAGACCACAGUGGCCAAGUCCCUGAAAGUGCCCCAGUCGGCAGAUGGCGAGGGUGAUCUGGAGCUCAAAGCUGUGGAGGAAGGUGUAGAGGCUGGAGGAGAGAAAGCUCAUCUGGACCUUUCAUCUGAUGAAGAAGAAGUAGAGAUUGAGGAGACUAUUGAAGAGACUCGAGCAGAACGCAUCAAACGUAGCAGCCUUCAGCGGGUCCAAAAUAUAAAAACAGUCUUCUCUAAGGAAAAGAUGGAGAAAACCAAACAAAAGACAAAGGAGAACCUUGAGAAAACAAAGCAAAAGACCAAAGAGAACUUGGAGAAAACACGAAUGAAGACCAAAGAAAACUUGGAAAAAACCAAGCAAAAGACCAAAGAAAACUUGGAGAAGACUAGGCAGAAGACAAAGGAGAACUUAGAAAAGACACGCCACAAUAUUGAGAAGAAAAUGGGAAAGCUUGGCACUCGUAUGUCUGUCAACCCAGAGCGUAAAGAAAAGCUGAAAAGCUCCCAAAAGAAGGUGGUGAAGUCUUUCACACCUGAUCACACCAUUUAUGCUCGGUCUAAAACUGCCGUGUACAAGGUGCCACCAUUCACCUUUCAUGUAAAGAAAAUUCGUGAAGGGGAGGUAGAAAUCCAAGGCACAGAAAUGGUGGAAGUCAGUGGGGAAAUGGAGGAGGUACAUAAUGGAGUCAUGGAAGGAGAGGAAGAAGAGAUGGAAAUGGAAGGAGCAGACAUGGGAGAGAUGGAGGAGAGCUCUGAGAUGCUGGAGACAGAAGAUACAGAGCUGGUGCUUGAAGAGCAUGAUCAUGAAAGAGACAGUGACUAACCUGUGUGUAUGUGUGUGUAUAUGUGUGUGUGUCUGUGUGUGUAAGAGGCAUAAGUUGGGAAACUGCUGUAUACUGCAGAUUCAGGUAAUUAAAAUUGGUGUGAAAUCA